GAUUAGGAUGCACCGAAAGUCAAUAGACUUGAACAACAGAGAGAAGUGGCCGAUCCCAACUCUCCCCUACAAUGUCCUAAAACCCUAGCCUCUCUGUUUAAAGGACGUUUGCCUUGCAGCAGUCGCCCGCCGAGCAGCAGGAGUAACAAGAAUGGGUAUCGAUUUGAAGGCCGGAGGCAAGAGCAAAAAGACCAAGCGCACUGCGCCCAAGUCCGAUGAUAUCUACCUCAAGCUUCUCGUCAAGUUGUACCGAUUUCUGGUGAGGAGGACGGGGAGUAAAUUUAAUGCGGUGAUUCUGAAGCGGCUCUUCAUGAGCAAGAUUAACAGGCCCCCUCUUUCCCUCUCUCGUUUGAUUCGUUUCAUGAAGGGCAAGGAGGAUAAGGUUGCUGUGGUUGUUGGUACUGUAACUGAUGAUAUCCGGGUGUAUGAAGUCCCUUCCCUGAAGGUUACUGCACUGAGGUUCACAGAGACAGCAAGGGCAAGGAUUGAGAAGGCAGGUGGGGAGUGCUUGACUUUUGACCAGCUUGCUCUUAGAGCUCCUCUUGGUCAGAACACGGUUCUCCUCAGGGGUCCCAAGAAUGCUCGUGAGGCUGUGAAGCACUUUGGACCAGCACCUGGUGUCCCACACAGCCAUACCAAACCUUACGUACGAUCAAAGGGAAGGAAAUUUGAGAGGGCUAGAGGAAGAAGGAACAGCAGGGGCUUUAGGGUUUGAGUACUUGAAUUUGGUCAAAAAAUACAGAUCACCCAACCAAAUCCAAGCAGAUGCAUCCAUAGACCAACCUUCAAUUUGGUUUUGUUUUACUUCGUUUUUUUUCUCAUCCUCUGGAAUGGAACAGUUGCAUUAUAGCAGGCUAAUGUCUGUAGUUUAUUUGGUAUUUUGAUUUAAACAUUAGACUUUGGAUGUCGACUGAGGAUUGAUGGGGUAUUUUUGAAUGUUAAAUGAUCUAUGUUAUAAUUACGAUUUAUUUCUUACUAAA